GUGUGCUCAAAUCUAUAUUAAAAGACUUCUUCCAAAAAACACGAGUGAUUAUGUCUCGCUGCUGUCAAAUUUCCUUCUGUACAUUCACAUGUGUGCAAACACGCUUCUAAAUCAGAUCAUGUGGAGUGCUGAUGAAAUCGCCAGUCUGUGUUAUGAUCACUUUAAUAAACUGCCCAAGAGAGGAAAACCAGAAGCUGGCAGAGAGUGGACGCUACUGGCAGCAGUAGUUCAACUGACUGUCAGUCCACAACGCGAGACAUUUCAUAAACAGGUUGUGUCUUUGGGAACGGGCACCAAAUGCAUCGGCCGGUCUGCCAUGAGUGUGAAGGGUGAUAUUCUGAAUGACAGUCAUGCAGAGGUUAUUGCGAGGAGGGGGUGUGUCAGGUAUCUGAUGGAGCAGUUGUACAGGGCUUUGAGUGGUCAGGAUUCUGCCGUGUUCUGUCCAGGAAAUGAGAAGGGGAAAUGGAUGGUUAAACCUGAUGUUUCUUUCAUUUUCUUCACCAGUCAAACACCCUGUGGCGACGCCUCCAUCUUUCCAAUGACUGGCAGUCAAGUGCAGCCCUGUGAACCGGUAAAAGAGUCCCUGCACACACAACCCGAGAGACACGGCCUUAAACGCCCGGCUGAGAGGGACCUGGAAGACACCCACAAGUGUCACAGAAUAAACACAAGAGAUGCCUUUUCCACCUCUAGAGAAACAGCGGACACUGAUGAAUGUAAAGUUACGACAGACGCUAAAGAAAGCACCAACUCGCCCGACCUCCACCGCACCGGGGCGAAGUGUGUCCCUGAUGGGCCGAGUGACCCGCUGCAGCCCGGGUUACUCUACCACAGUGUUGGGGUGCUGCGGGUGAAGCCAGGGCGUGGUGAGCGCACGCUCUCUCUCUCCUGCAGUGAUAAACUUGCUCGUUGGGGCGUUGUGGGCUUUCAGGGUGCCCUGCUGUCUCAUUACCUGCAGGGGGCGAUGUACUUCAGUGCUGUGGUGUUGGGGAAGUGUCCGUACAGUCAGCAGGCCAUGCACAGAGCCUUACACACACGGUGUGCUCAUGUGUCUGAUCUGCCGUCUGGUUUCUCCGUACAGAGUCCAGAACUCCUGCUGUCUGGUUUAGAGUUUACCCAUAAUCACACACAAACUGAGACCAAACACAUACACACGCAGGGCAGAAUAUCACCCUGCGGGGCAGCUAUCAGCUGGUGUGCCGUAUCCCAGCAGCCUCUAGACGUCUCUGCCAACGGUUACAAACAGGGAGUGACAAAAAAAAAAUUGAGCAGCGUGCAAGCUAGGUCUUUAAUCAGUAAAGUGGAGCUUUUUCAUACAUUUCUGAGACUGGUUGCAGUAACGGAAGAAAGUGAAUUUCCUGAAUCUCUUCGUGGAGGAGAGUUGAGGACGUACUGGGACUUCAAGCAGGCCGCAGCGUCGUAUCAGCAGGCCUGGACGCAGCUGCGACUGCAGGCUUUCUCGCAGUGGAGCCGCAGCCCGCGAGAACUGCUGCUGUUUCAUUAAUACCACAGAUACAGUGCAUUCAGAAUGUAUUCAGACCCCUUCAUUUUUUUCCCACAUUUUGUUAUGUUGCAGUCUUAUGCUAAAAUGCUGUAAAAAAAAAAAAAAAAAAAUCACAUUAAUCUACCCUCCAUAUCCCAUAAUGACAAAGCAAAAAACAGAUUUUUGAUAACUUUGCAAAUUUAUUCAAAAGAAAAAAAUGAAAUAUCACAUUGACAGUAUUCACACCUUCGAUUGGGUUAAAGUCUGGGCUCUGGCUGAGCCACUCGGGGACAUUCACAGAGUUGUCCCUAAGCCACCCUUGCAUUGUCUUGGCUGUGUGCUUGGGGUCAUCGUACUGUUGGAAUGUGAACCUUCGGCCCAGUCUGAGGUCCUGAGUGCGCUGUACUAGGUUUUAAUUAAGGAUAUUUUUGUAUUUUGCUGCGUCAAGAUUUUCUUCAACCUUGACCAGUCCCAGGCGCUAAAAAACACCCUUACAGCAUUUCGCUACCACCACCAUGCUUCACCGGUUGUGGUUUCCUCCAGACAUGAUGCUUGGAAUUGAGGUCAAACAGUUCAAUCUUUGUUUCAUCAGACCAGAGAAUCUUGUUCUCACAGUCUGAGGGUCCUUUAGGUGCUUUUUGUGACUUGCACUGAGGAGACACUUCCAUCUAGCCACACUGGCAUAAAGCCCAGAUUGGUGGAGUGUUGCAGUGAUGGUUGUCCUUCAGCAAGUUUCUUCCAUCUCCACACAUGAUCUCUGGAGCUCAACCAAUCUCUCUUACCAAGGUCCAUCUCCUCCGAUUGCUCAGUUUGGCUGGGUGGCCAGCUCUAGGAAGAGUCCUGGUUGUUCCAAUCUUCCAUUUAAGAUUUAUAGAGGCCACUGUGCUCUUGGGAACCUUCAAUGCAAAUUGAAAAAAAAAAUUUUCAGCUCCUCAACCCAAUCCUGUCUCUGAGCUUUGCAGGCAGUUCCUUUGACCUCAUGGCUUGGCUUUUGCUCAGAUAUGCAUUUUCAGCUGUGAGACAUUUAUAUAGACAGGUUUGUGCCUUUCUAAAUCAUGUCCAAUCAAUUGAAUUUGCCACAGGUGGACUCCAGUGAUAGUGUAGAAACGGGAAAUGGGAUGCACCUGAAGUCAAUUUCAAGUGUGUGAAUACUUAUGUCAAUGUGAUAUUCUAGGCCAUCAAUGUUUACCAAGGCCAUAAAUAUCACAUCACUGUUGCUAUUGGUAAAGAUGUGAUAAGUAUGUUGACUGUCUUUGUUUUACCAAGUGCUGUAUGAUCAAACAGGACUGUUGAAGGAACAGUUAAGCCAAAAAUAAGUUCUGUUAUCAUUCUAUGGCUGAGG